UAUAUCCCUGGCUGCGAAAUAGUUCAAUCCAAGAGGACAAAGGGUGUACUUAAGGGGCAAAGGUCAGAAGUGACUUAUUGCCAGAACAUAACAAAAUAGCGAGACAGCCUGAUGAUGAGUAAUGUUUUCCUCUGGCGGUACUGUACAUGUAAGCAGCUAUCGUCAUGCGAAUGAGAACUACGGCGGUGCUGUUCUGUGGAUAUGUAGCCUACGUGAUUCUGGGCGGCGGGAUAUUUCACUACCUAGAGUCCGAGAAUGAGAGCCAGAAACGUCCACCGGAAAUUUUCGACUUGAAGGAGAUGUUAGAGGAACAGUCCGAAGAGUAUCUGACCACGACACAUACAACGCACCUGCAUUCUCAACUCGUAUCGACAGCAGGUGAAAAGGAUUACUUUAGCCCCGAGGAAACGUUAAGUUCAACUGAGGGACAACACAACAUGGACACCGGUUACAUAUCCUGUGACCACCAAGGUCUCUCAGAAGUCCUGGAGUCCUUAAGAGCAAAGGUACGUCGCGUUGAAGAUAUCAUAACUGAUUUACACAAAGACAUGAAUGAUACUGGUCGCUGUGUGAAAACCAGGGAUAUCCCUCUGGUGCUCCUGUCGUACCAAGAGCUGGAGUCCAUAGUCAGGCGAGCGGCCCAGGCCGGAAAGGAAGGCAUGGAUCCGGUAACCGGACAACAGGAACACAACACAACGAAAUGGGACUUCCAGGCGUCACUAGGCUUUGCUUUAACAGUGGUGACAACUAUAGGAUACGGUCACAUCGCUCCUGCCUCCGCUAUCGGUAAGGCGGUCUGUGUCUUGUACGCCUUGUUCGGCAUCCCCCUUACAGCCGUCCUCGUCACGAACGUCGCUCACCAUGUGGGAAACCAGAUCCGCAAGGCGGCGCUAAAAGUACACAAGGACCAUCCCAAGUGGAGCCCGCAGAGAAUCAAAAGACUUACAGGAAUAACUUUACUUCUACUCGGUGUGAUUUUCUUCGUUCUCUUGCCUACGUUGGUGAUUUGGACUGUCGAGCCGGGCUGGACGUUCCUCGAAACGCUGUACUACGUGUUUAUCUCCCUAAGUACUAUCGGGUUCGGAGACUAUGUUGUCGGACAGCAGGCUGGAGUGACGUACUGGCCAGGCUACAUCAUACUCAUCUUCACCUGGAUCCUCUGCGGGAUCGAAUACCUGGCCACGAUCUUCGAGCUCAUCUCCCUGGGGAUUAAAGGACUGGACACCCGGAUAGGGGGUCCCCGGAAGGGCGACGGGGAUAGGAAUGGUGACGUAGGACAGGAGGAAAGACAAGACCUCUGUCGAGAAACUACCGUUUAAAAUUGAAACUGUGUUGCGUAGAGGGUAGUUUUCGUGCGUAUACUGCAUGUCAUUUCCCCCUGUGUUGUGAUGUGAACUGCUCUCAAGGAGUGAGCUUUUAUGAAUGAUAUAAUAAACAUUCUGGAUACUC